AUGCCACGUGCAGCAGUCGUUUGCGUUUCUCAUGGUGGAGGCCCCAUGCCAGUCCUCGGAGACCCUGGUCAUGCCUCCAUUACAGCAUCACUCAAGAGCCGCGUUCCCAAGAUUCUCAAGCUCAACACCCCAGACGCCCCGAGAGCCAUCGUCGUCGUCACGGCACACUGGUCUGAAGGCGAUCCCACAAUCUCCUCAGGAGCCAGCCAUGAACUGUACUACGACUAUGGUGGUUUCCCGAGGGAAGCUUAUGCACUCAAGUAUCCCGCACCAGGGUCGCCAGAGAUCGCACAGGAGCUGAAGCAAGCCCUCGAAAGGGAGGGUCUUACUCCGAGACUGGAUUCUCGACGUGGUUGGGAUCAUGGCGUGUUCAUCCCUAUGCUUCUCGUCAACCCGGCUGCCAACGUGCCCAUCAUCCAACUCUCCGUCCUCGUGUCAGAGGAUCCCGAAGAGCACUUCAAAAUGGGACGAGCCCUUUCGUCAUUGAGAGACUCCAACAUCGCCAUUCUGGGAUCCGGCUUUGCUUCUCUACACAACCUAUCCAAGAUGCGCUUCCUUUUCAUGGGAGACCCCAACGCUGCAGCCAAGCUGGGAAAGCAGGUAAACGAGUGGAACAAGGAGCUCACAAACGCUGUUACGAAAGAGAAGACGGAAGACAGAACGAAGGCGUUGUCUGGCUGGCGCAAGUUCAGCCACAGCUACGAUAUGCACCCCCGCGGGGGCGGCGAGCAUUUCAUGCCCCUGCUCGUAUGCGCGGGAGCCGCCGACGACGAGGUUGCCGGGGUGUACCAGGACGAAUUCUUGGGGCUCGACAUCAAGACAUACUACUGGGGUGAUAUAAGUGUCUGA